ACGCGUUGAUCCAAUUAUAGUGCACUUAGGAGAUAUGGGUCGUUAUCAGCUAAUAUUUUGCUUGGUAAUAUUUUUAUCGAAAUUUCCUUCGGCUUGGGUUACGUUGGCUCAUCUAUUCGUAGCGGGCAAAGCUGAAUACUAUUGCGUUGAGCCACCGAAAGCUGAUCCAUGUUCCAAGGAUUGCGUACAAACAGAUUUUAAUCGGUCAGUUUUUUCGGAAACUAUCGAAAUGACAUUCGAUCUGACUUGCGAUCGUUUUUGGCUAUCAAGUUUAACACAAUUUGCUGUAAUGGGCGGCAUUAUGGUCGGCGCUAUAGUCUUUGGCAUAUUAUCCGAUCGAUUCGGGCGUCGUAAAGUGUUCUUGGUUGAGUGUAUAAUGCAGCUUGUUUGCGGCGUUAUAGCUUCAUUUUCGAUGCAUUAUAUCAUGUACAUAACUUUAAGAUUUCUCACUGCAGUCGCCACCGGUGGCCAAAUGACUACGAGUUUCGUUUUGAUUAUGGAAAUUAUCGGCCCCAGUAGACGUGAAGCGAUGUCGAUUUUAUAUCAAAUACCGUUUUUUAUGGGUCACGCUUUACUCCCGUUAUUUUCUUAUUUUUUACGCGACUGGCAUUAUUUCCAUUUAUGCAUUUCUUCAAUUUCAAUUAUCUACCUCAUGUACGUAUGCUUGGUAUCAGAGUCACCGCGGUGGCUGUUUACGACAGGCCACCUGGACAAAGCUAUAACGCUCGUUGAAAAGAUUGCGAAAAAGAAUGGUCGUUCUUUUGAAAAUAUACAACUUAUACGACCACAGAUGGAAGAAGCCUAUCAGAUCUUCAUAUCGGAUCCGAAUACACUUAAGAAAAGGGGUACAGUUUUCGAUUUGUUUCGCACACCCAAUUUAUGCAAGAAUACCACGGUCAUGGUCUAUCAAUGGUUGAAUGCCUGCAUGGUUUAUUACGGGGCUGCUCAAUUUAUAUCAAAAUUGGGCGGUAAUAUAUUUCUUAACGUUUUCAUUAGUGGUGUAUUGGGUAUACCAGGCUGCAUAAUUUGCAUAUUUAUGACCAAAUAUUCAGGACGUCGUUUAACGUUAAUUAUAUCAAAUUUUAUUAGUGCCUUUGGCUUUUUACUGAUUGCUUGUAUUUCGAAUUUGAGUGCUUCACUUGUAUCCGUAUUUGCUAUAGUCGGUCUUUUCGGUGCGUCUUUAACUUUUCCAAAUGUAUAUUUAUAUGCGGGUGAAAUAUUCCCAACUGUGGUACGCACAACUGGUGUGGGUUUGUGCUCAUGCUUUGGUCGUAUCGGAUCGAUGAUUGCGCCAUUUGUUGCAAGUGAUUUGGCUUUAAAGUCGCCCGUUAUACCACCGUUAGUUUAUGGAGUUAUUGCCGCUAUCGGUUUUGUGUUGACAUUCCUUUUGCCGGAAACGAGAGGACUACCGAUAGUUGAGACAUUAGCAGAUGGUGAAGCCCUUGGCAAAAAGCAAACCAACAAAUCCAAAAUUGAAAUGUGAUCGAAAGCAUUAAUAAUUUCUUCUAUACAAAAUACUGUCGAAGCACUUUCAAAUAUCUUAAACUAUCGCUUUGUUUGCUAGCUACCGU